AUUAAUUAAUAGCCACACGCUAACCACAUGUGUUCUAUAGGUCUUUGAACAAACGUAUGAUUACAAUUUUUUGGAGAAAAAUAAUGCAUGGGAGACAACGCUUUCUAUUCCAUGCACUCAAUGGGAAGUCAUCACGAGAAAACGUUAUCAGCAUCUACAUGUACUGCAAGCUGCGUUUUCUGAAAAUACACAUAGCUGUUUCAACGACAACAAUUAAGAGAAUAAGAUAUGGAGAGGUCUAUUACAAUCCUUUAAACAUCUCCACUAACGCAUCCAUGUCCUCCUCUGUCAGUUGAUCUGGCCCUGAAAGUUCUUGAAAGCUGCUUAAUCGCAUCAGCGCAUCCGAUGUUGCCUGUCCCAACGUCCGGAGGUUUAAAGGACAAUAUAACAAAUAGGACCAUAAUCAGCAUCUGUGGGGAAGCGUUCAUACCAGCAGUUAUAGAAGGGGACACCGACCCAUAUACCAACCCCAACUUCUUCAUUUCAAAAAGAAGCUGGCAGCCCGACCAGGAGGCGUUGAUCUGUCCGCUGUGCAGGAGUAAGUUCGGCGCUCUCAAGCGCAGACACCACUGUCGCCAGUGUGGGCUUGUGGUCUGUGACAAAUGCAAUGAAAAGUUGCCACUGCCUCAACUGAACGUUCCAGGCCUAGAGCGGGUCUGUGAAUCCUGCAAACCUGUGACCGCAGCAGUCACAAGGUCAAGGUCACAUUUACCUCAACAUAAAUUUGCCGCUGUAAAAGAGUUAUCCAGUCUUUGCAAGGAUGAACGAAACAUUGACAAAAUGUUCAAGUUUGGGGGAUUUCACACUCUGGUUGCUCAGGCAGGGGAAAGUUUAAAGACACAGAACAUGGAGCUACUGGGUCUUGCAGUCGGAGCUCUCAAUAUGUUGUCCACCUUUGAUCCUGUGAGGUCCUACAUGGUUCAGAGCAGAAUACUCAGUGUACUCUGCCAUAUAUUGGAGAAAGUGCCCAGUGAACAAGAACAAAUAAUACUGGACGGUGUGGAAGCUCUCACAACAUUCUGCAGGUCUCCAAAGUAUCGUGAUAUUGCAUUAAAGUGUGGAUGUCUGACUGCCAUACUAAGGCAGUGCAGCGGCGGUAGUGAGACAGUAUCACUGACGAUGGUGGGUCUGCUAGGUAGGAUCCUGGAAGACUCCUCCAUGCACGGCGCGCUCAUCCAGGACUCUGGGGCCUCGCUACAGGUGCUACUUAAGAUGGCUGCGGUUGGGAGUGUGCAGAUGCAGGCAUUGACAUUGAAGUGUCUCAACUAUCUAUCCAUGGGAAGUGAUUGGAAUAAACACAGAAUAUUACAGGAAGACUUCACUGCCGGUCGCCCACUGCUCUCGGUGAUGAAAACUGAGACGUUGUACAUGCAGGUCUGGGUCAAUGCCACAUGUCUUGUCGCAAACCUGGCCACCAGCGCAGAGGACCAGGGAGGUCUGGUAGACUGUCGAGAUGUGAUGAUUGAGAUGAUGAUAUCUGAUGUCGACAACAUUGAUGUUUUGCGGAACAUUAUUCGAGGAAUAUCAAAUUUUUCAAAGUUCCAACAAAAUUCAAACAAAGUGCUGUCUGUAUUACAUCAUCUGGUGGAGAAGUGUUUACGACACAAGGAUGACGUCAUCAGACAGUAUGCUCUGAAGGCCAUCUUGUUCACCGUACAGUUUGAGCCGGAGGAGUCGGUCCGACAGCUGCUCAUAGACGGUGCAGCAGAGGUGUUACAGAACCUGGUGUCGUCUAGGGGAGUUAUGAAUGGGAUUAUUAGUUCUAUGGCUCAAGAUAUACCUGACCUGGCCAAACCGCUGUGAGCUUGUGUGUCAUCUGUCUGUGAUUCUGCUAGACACUUAUGUAAUUACAGUGGAUGAGAUGUUCAUAGAGUUAUUAUGAAAUAGUACAUACCUUUACUAUAAAUAGCGGUUUGCUAUUUGUAUCUUGUGGGCCAAUAUUAUCAUAUUACUCCUACUAGUUGGGCUGAUUGAACAUAUCUGAAAAGAUUGAGAUGUCAAAUGAACAAAAUGGCGUCUUCAUUCAGUCUAAGCUAAGGAUGAUAAAUACAAUUAAGACACAAAUCAACAAAAGAAUUGAGAAUUAUGUUAAUCAAUAUCACACAAUAUACGUCAAAAAUUUGGUAAUCAAUCAUACAUGCCAGAAUUUUUCAGGUCCAAAUCGGGACUUUCCAUAAAAAUUGUCAGGAAAUUUUACCAAAAAGCGGGAAACCUAAAACGAUCAAUCAUUCCACCUUUUCUAAAGUCAGUAGUCAUUAUAUUACUUACAAAAACUCUAUAUUUCUGCCCAAUAUUGACGAUAAACGUGUGUUCAGAAUUUUGUGGACAUUCUCCAUUUUCCGGAAGUAAACACACUCCAUAAACUAAAAAGUGGGAUAUCCCCGUAUGCCUCGAUUUGACAUCUAAUUGGUACAGGGAUAUCCCCUUGAACAUAUGUAAAUCGUGUGACACAAUGUGAGCGCAUCGAGCACUGUUCUUAUUCAACCAAUCGUAAAUUAACUCUAAAUUUAGAUUGAUGCAAUAUGUACUAAAAAAUCCAUAAUUAGCCUGCGCGGACUGCAUUAAGCUUUUUUCCAAAAUAAGAUCGUAUGUAUGGGUCAAUACAUAAUUUUCGUAUUUUUCUAGGCAACUGACAUUUGAAUGUUCGCCCUUCUGUUGUGUGUCAUUUACAUUUACUGGAUAAUGUAACAGUAUGAAAUGUGCCUUGGAUUCAGUGGCUAGUAAAAAUACAGUGAUGGAAUGUGCGUGCUUUGUGAUAUUUAUCGAUCUAUUUUACAUGAACAUUUGGUGAUGAAUUUUUAAUUGAUUAUAAUUUUUUGUUUCCUGUUUUGAUUCUGCCUUUUUAAUAUUUAUUACUCACUUUUUAGAGACCAAUUAAAAAAAGUUAAGCAUGUCUUUCAAAUGAAUCUACAAAAUGUGUAGAUAUAAACAAGAACAUAUUUUUUGACCAAAUUCUAGUUUAUCAGUGCAGUUUAAUUAAUAAAUGGAUAUGUAAUACUUUUUUGUUUAUUACAAAGUUUUACUUAUAAAGUGCUAAAACAGUAAGUGUUGGUUUUGUGUAACCCUUUCCCACUAGGAAGCAAUGUGAACAUGGCUAUGUGCAAACAGCAUAAAACCAGAAGAGCCUGUGAGUAACUCGCAGUCUGUUUAGGUUUUAUGCUGUUUGCACAUCAGUAUUUUAGGGUUGGAAAUGAAGCCUUUAAAACUUGAAUUUUCUAAGGAACUGCGUCAAAAUACAUAUCAAAGUGGUAAAGGGUUACUUAAUUUAUUCUUCGGUGUCCCUGCUGUCGGGAAUAAAGUUUUUGGCCUUUUCCAAGGAUUAUUGUGCAGUUGAGUAGGACGAGAUUCUCAAGACGAAUGUCUACAGCCAUUCUUACCAAGGUUAUAUAAUUGUCUGGAACAGCAGCUGUCCUACACAAUCAUAGUAGACUGGAACAGCAGCUGUCCUACACAAUCAUAGUAGACUGGAACAGCAGCUGUCCUACACAAUCAUAGUAGACUGGAACAGCAGCUGUCCUACACAAUCAUAGUAGACUGGAACAGCAGCUGUCCUACACAAUCAUAGUAGACUGGAACAGCAGCUGUCCUACACAAUCAUAGUAGACUGGAACAGCAGCUGUCCUACACAAUCAUAGUAGACUGGAACAGCAGCUGUCCUACACAAUCAUAGUAGUCUGGAACAGCAGCUGUCCUACACAAUCAUAGUAGACUGGAACAGCAGCUGUCCUACACAAUCAUAGUAGACUGGAACAGCAGCUGUCCUACACAAUCAUAGUAGUCUGGAACAGCAGCUGUCCUACACAAUUAAGUAGACUGGAACAGCAGCUGUCCUACACAAUCAUAGUAGACUGGAACAGCAGCUGUCCUACACAAUCAUAGUAGACUGGAACAGCAGCUGUCCUACACAAUCAUAGUAGACUGGAACAGCAGCUGUCCUACACAAUCAUAGUAGACUGGAACAGCAGCUGUCCUACACAAUCAUAGUAGACAUUAUGAAACUAAUUAUUAUAUUAACUGUUUAUAACGUGUACAUUUCACAUGUAUUACAUGUAUUCAAAAUCUGAGCUUGUAAAAGAACAUUUACAGAAUUUGUUCACAUUGUCUUUUGGUCAUCAUUUUAAAUGAAGGUAAAUAAUUAUAAAAAAAACAUAUGAUCAUUAGAUCAUAAUACAUUGUGCAUGAAAAUGGAACAGAACAUAAACACAUCAUUUAUGGCAUUAAGUAAGACUUAUCUCCAUUAGUAUAUUCAAGUUUUUUGUUUUUAUCUCGUCAUAAUUGUAUUAUGUUGCAUAACAAUAUGUUUGGUCAUAUUGUAUGGUUGAAAAGCGUGAUAUGUAAGAUUUGCAAUGGUGCUCAAUCUAAACUAAGUGGAAUUGGACACAAUAAAUGAAUUAGUUUGCAAUAAUAUACAUGAUUUCUACAGAUAUGCAUGAUAAUUUGCAAUAUGAUAAAUUUACAAAUACUGAUAAUUAUAACACUUAUAAACUGUCAAGUCCCAUGCUUGCAAACAAAAUAAUUAUUGAGCCGCACUCUGGUAAAACAAAGCUUGAUGUAUGGUCUUUAAGUUUAACCCUUUGCAUGCUUGGAAAUUUGUCGUCUGCAAAAUGUCGUCCGCUGAAUUCCUAAAAUUAGCAUUUUCUUCGAUUUUUUUUCAAAGAAUACUAUCAGAAUAGCAAACAGUUUGGAUCCAGAUGAGAAGCCACGUUCUGUGGCAUCUCAUCUGGAUCCAAACUGUUUGCAAAGGUCUUCAAAAUUCGGUUCACGCACUGAAAGGGUUAAACCCAGAUUAGCCAGUGCUAUUCAGGGACGAUCGUUUCCCUUUAAACUGCCUAUGAUUAGCCUGUGUAGACUACAAAAGCUUAUCUGGUACAUGCAUGCAUUUAGCCCUGUUUAUUGAGAGUGCAGCUCCAAUAUUGUAUUGCUAUUCAUAUUCUGUGUGUGGUUUAUGUAUUGUAUUGCUAUUCAUAUUCUGUGUGUGGUUUAUGUAUUGUAUUGCUAUUCAUAUUCUGUGUGUGGUUUAUGUAUUGUAUUGCUAUUCAUAUUCUGUGUGUGGUUUAUGUAUUGUAUUGCUAUUCAUAUUCUGUGUGUGGUUUAUGUAUUGUAUUGCUAUUCAUAUUCUGUGUGUGGUUUAUGUAUUGUAUUGCUAUUCAUAUUCUGUGUGUGGUUUAUGUAUUGUAUUGCUAUUCAUAUUCUGUGUGUGGUUUAUGUAUUGACCUUAUCAGUAUAAUGACACUUAUGAAACAAUAGCCUCAAUGAAAUUAUGUCAAUGGUGUUGUCACUUGACACAUGCAAAUCUGUGGUGUUGCCAUAUACCUGUCCUAUUUAUACUUUUUUAUGCCCCCCUUCGAAAAAGAGGAGGUACAUUGUUUUGCACAUGUCGGUCCGUCUACCAGCUGGUUUCCGGAUGAUAACUCAAGAACACUUAGGCCUAGGAUCAUGAAACUUCAUAGGUACAUUGAUCAUGACUGGCAGAUGACCCCUAUUGAUUUUCAGGGCACUAGGUCAAAGGUCAAGGUCACAGUGACUCGAAAUAGUAAAAUGGUUUCCGGAUGAUAACUCAAAAAUGCUUAGGCCUAGGAUCAUGAAACUUCAUAGGUACAUUGAUCAUGAGUGGCAGAUGACCCCUUUUGAUUUUCAGGUCACUAGGUCAAAGGUCAAGAUCACAGUGACUCAAAAUAGUAAAAUGGUUUCCGGAUGAUAACUUAAGAAUGCUUAUGCCUAGGAUCAUGAAACUUCAUAGGUACAUUGAUCAUGACUGGCAAAUGACCCCUAUCGAUUUUUGAUCACUAGAUCAAAGGUCAAGGUCACAGUGACUCAAAACAGUAAAAUGGUUUCCGGAUGAUAACUCAAGAAUGAUUACGCCUAGAAUCAUGAAACUUCAUAGGAACAUUGAUCAUGACUGGCAGAUGACCCCUAUUGAUUUUCAGGUCACUAGGUCAAAGGUCAAGGUCACAGUGACUCUAAACAGGUAAAUGGUUUCCGGAUGAUAACUCAAGAAUGCUUACGCCUAGGAUCAUGAAACUUCAUAGGAACAUUGAUCAUGCCUGGCAGAUGACCCCUAUUGAUUUUCAGGUCACCAGGUCAAAGGUCAUAGUGACUCGAAACAGUAAAAUGGUUUCAGGAUGAUAACUCAAGAAUGCUUAUGCCUAGGAUCAUGAAACUUCAUAGGUACAUUGAUAAUGACAUGCAGAUGACCCCUAUUGAUUUUCUGGUCACUAGGUCAAAGGUCAAGGUCACAGUGACUCAAACACUACAACUGACAGCCCAUAUGGGGGGCAUUCAUGUUUUACAAACAGCCCUUGUUAUUGAUUAUAUAAUUAUAUUAUGAUAAUAAAUUCUGGUAACUGAU